CUGCAUACUCGGAGACUGCUGGUUAUUCUGCAGAGCGCGCAACGGAUCGCAUCACUUGCUACUAUUCCUGCCUGUAAAUCCACAUCUAUCCUUUCAUAUCUUCUAUCCCGAUCCGGGUACAAAUACCACAGCAACCAUGCUCCUUUUCUGCCCGCACUGCGCAAACAUCCUGACCGUCUCCCUGACGCUCAACCGCACAAACCGACUCGAGUGCCGGACAUGCCCGUACGAGCACGCCAUCACCGACCCGGUCUUCUCGCGCCGCGUCUUCGAGCGCAAGGAGAGGGAGGACGUCUUUGGCGGGCCGGGCGCCUGGGACAAUGCGCAAAAGUCAAAGGCUCAGUGCCCCAACGAGGGGUGCAACGGCGAGGAGGCGGCGUUUUUCCAGGUGCAGAUUCGAAGUGCCGAUGAGCCCAUGACGAGUUUCUUCAAGUGCAUGACGUGCGGUCACCGAUGGCGCGAGAACUGAUUGCUGCUCCCUUGGGCUCGUCAUGAUGAUUGGAUUUUUUUUUACCCUUUGGUAUUUCGGCGUUUAGGAUGGGAUAUGGGAUCCUUAUGGAGUAUAUGUGGUAUAUUUCAGCCGCCGGGUUCGCUUAAAAAUAGACAUUGAGAAGCGUUUUCUUUCGAU